CUGCCACAAAUGGUUAACAUCCCACUUACCUGCACGAAAAAAGUAAUCCAAGUUGAGAAUUCGGGUAGUGGAAGCGCUGCAGAUGGUAGCCUGAAUACGGUGGAGUAUUUGACGAAUAUUUUGGUGUCUAACGCAUAUGAUGUGGGGUACGAGUGUCAGUUGCAGACUUUCCGGGAGGUACUGGGUGAGGUUGGACUCUUUCUCAUACACCAGCUCAUACACGAGAGAAUCGACGCCUUCGAGGUGAGCCUUCUGAAGGGAAGCAAGAAGGAGAAGAACAUGAGACAGACGAGGAAGGGCAAAAAUGGCAAUGUGAAUGUAAGUGGUGUUGGACUAUUGGAUGAGCGGAAGAACCCUGAGACGGCCACGGCUGUUGCGGACUUCAAUUUCGGUGUGUCGUCCUUAUUCAAAAUUGAAAACAAAACAGAAGGUGAUUCCAUAGUCAACUUCGGCAACAGGCGAAAAACCAACAAUGGAUUCCUUCACGGUCUCCUUCGAUUCGCGAGCGAGAACUGGCUGGAAUUACGAGUCGCUCAAGAAUUUCCCGCAGAUCUCCCCCGUUGUCCAGAUCUCCCCCAAAUUCUGAAACAUAACGGGAUAUUUUUGUCAUUAGAAGGAAAAAAUCGGGUCCACAAGAACAAGAGAAGCAUGAAACUCUAAGAAGUGUGUGAACGUUGAUGAUGAUAAUGUCGAGGAUCACAAUGACAACAACAAUAUGAAGAUUAAUAGUCAGAGCUCGAGCAGUUACUGUUCGGAAGAUGAUUCGAAUGCUUCCCGUGAGCUGAAUGGGGUUGCGCCGGCUUCGUGUUCUGUGGGGUCAAAGGGCAGUGGGUUCCUCAACUCGGACAGGAAAACACAUGCUGCAACUGAUCCACAGAGCCUCUGUGUAUGGAAGGGUAAUUUUCUUUCAGAGUUGAAAAGGAAAAAAAGGUCCAUUCAUGCAUGUCUUGUGACUAAAGAUUGCAGCAUUCUUAUGGGGAAUGGAAACACUACCUUCGGAAAAAAAAAAGAAGAAGAAAAUUGAUAUGGGUGAUGUCAACCUCAAGUCCACCAAUGCUAAGUUAUUUCAGUCGCAACAUGGAUCGGGAGGGAGUUUGCACCUGUUGAUCACCAAACCAUUAACCCGAAAUGUCGAUUUAAGCUGCCGAUUGACAUGUGU